AUGUGUGUUUUCCAGCAUGGACAGAGCAGGACAGACAGAAAGACGUUGUUCCUGAAGGUACGCCAGUGGAUAGCAGACAGAGUGACGGUGAAUUCGUCCCCCGCCUCUCCCUCCACUUCCUCCUCGUAUCCCGGCCCGUCGCCCGUCAGCGAUUGGUCGACGCCUCGCCGGGACAAGUCGUCUCCUCUUCGCGGCCCUCACGGUAAAUUCGUUUCCCCUUCCUCCGUCAGCGGCUACAACUCGUCGUCUUCGAGUCCGCCGGAUCAGACGACGCCGCAGCGACCGCGCGGAGAACGGCACACCGACAUGGCGGAGCUGGCAAAACAUGAAGCGGACAUCGAGCAUCGGACCCAGGCGCUGAAGCGAGAAGGUUUCUGGUCCAUGAAGCGUCUCACCCGCCUGACGGAGCCGCCGAGACCCAAAGUCCACUGGGACUACCUGUGUGAGGAGAUGCAGUGGCUCUCUGCAGACUUCGCCCAGGAGAGGAGGUGGAAGAGAGGAGUGGCCCGAAAGGUGGUACGGAUGGUGAUGCGGCACCACGAGGAGCUGAGGCAAAAAGAAGAGAAGGCAAAGAGAGACGAGCACGCUAAAAUCAGGAGAGUCGCCUCGUCCAUCGCUAAGGAAGUACGAGCUUUCUGGAGCAGCGUCGAAAAGGUGGUGCAGUACAAGCAGCAGUCCAGAUUAGAGGAGAAGAGGAAGAAAGCUUUGGACCUCCAGCUGGAUUUCAUCGUUGGACAGACGGAGAAAUACUCGGACCUCCUCAGCAAAUCUCUCGCUCCCACCAGGCCGGCUGAAACGGCUCCCUCGCCUCCCAAAACAUCUGUGCCGCCUCCCGUCGACGAGGAUGACCGAGACUUCGAGCCUCCGUGCGAGGAAGAGGACGACGAGGAGACGAUCGAGAAGGAGGAGCAGCAGGAAGGAAACGACGCAGAGAGCCAUCGCAGAGAGAUCGAGCUGCUGAAGGAGGAAGGGUUACUUCCUCUGGAUCAGCUGAUCAGCACCCUCAAACUGCCCACGGAGUCCGGCGAGGAAGACGAGGAAUGCUCCGACGAAUCCUCUUCAUCAGCGCCGGAGGAAGAAGACGGUGAAUUCACUGCCAACGAAGAAGACGCUGAGGAUGAGGAGGAUACGAUAGCAGCUCAGGAGAAAGUAGAAGGAAACGUGAAUCAUGAAGAAGAACUGGACGACUUAGCCAAAGAAGGUGACAUGAGUAUGGAAGAGCUGCUGGAGAAGUAUAAAGGAGCGUACGCCUCAGACUUCGAGGAGCCGUCUGCGUCCGGCUCUAAAGCGAGCUCUGACUCGGAGGUUUCUGGAGACGACGAGGUGGAGACUGAAGAAGACGAGAGCGACGUGGAAAGCAACACUUCCUCCUCAGAGUACCAGCACAUCGGACUGGACUGGUUGGUCACCAUGUUCGAGAAGAAGCUGAACGGCAUCCUGGCCGACGAGAUGGGACUGGGAAAAACCAUCCAGACCAUCGCUCUGCUGGCUCACCUGGUAACUGGGGGGCCUCACCUCAUCAUCGUCCCCACCAGUGUGAUGCUGAACUGGGAGAUGGAGCUGAAACGUUGGUGGCCCGGCUUUAAGAUCCUCACUUACUUCGGCAGCCAGAAGGAGAGGAAGCUGAAGAGACAGGGCUGGACUAAACCGAACGCGUUCCACGUCUGCAUCACGUCCUAUAAGUUGGUGCUUCAGGAUCAUCAGGCGUUCAGACGGAAGUCGUGGCGUUACCUGAUCCUCGACGAGGCGCAGAACAUCAAGAACUUCAAGUCUCAGCGCUGGCAGAGUCUGCUCAACUUCAACAGCCACAGGCGACUGCUGCUGACAGGAACUCCUCUGCAGAACAGCCUGAUGGAGCUCUGGUCUCUGAUGCACUUCCUGAUGCCUCACGUCUUCCAGUCGCACCGAGAGUUCAAAGAGUGGUUCUCCAACCCGCUGACGGGGAUGAUCGAGGGCAGCCAGGAGUACAACGAGGGUCUGGUCAAGAGGCUCCACAAGGUGCUGCGGCCCUUCCUGCUGCGGAGGAUCAAGAUCGACGUGGAGAAGCAGAUGCCCAAAAAAUACGAGCACGUGGUUCGAUGCCGCCUCUCCAAGAGACAGCGGUUCCUCUACGAUGACUUCAUGGCUCAGGCCUCGACUCGGGAGACGUUGGCCAGCGGUCAUUUCAUGUCCGUCAUUAACAUCCUGAUGCAGCUCCGUAAAGUGUGCAACCACCCGAACCUUUUUGACCCUCGGCCCAUCCAGUCCCCCUUCAUCACCAAGCCCAUCGUGUUCCACACGGCCUCCCUGGUGCAGGACGCCCUGGAGGUUUCCCCGCUCAAGCGUUGUGACCUGUCCAUGUUUGACCUCGUUGGUUUGGAGAGCCACGUUUCUCGCUACCAGGCAGAUAUCUUCCUGCCUCGCCACAAAGUCAGCCGCCAGCUCAUCCAGGAGAUCGCUGAGUCUCCAGAACCGCCUCCGAGACCCAAACCGGUCCGCAUGAAGGUCAACAGGAUGUUCCAGCCUCCUCCUAAAGGCGAUAAUCGACCGGUCCUCCUCAUGAACAAACCCACCUGCUCCGUUCCCCCUGCAGCUCAGACCCCCAAACCUCCUCCAGCCUCUGAAGCCGCAGCAGCUCCUGCACCUGCUCCUGUAGUUCAACAAGUGGUGUGCACGGUGACGUCUGCUCCCCCUCCCCGCCCCUCGUUGCACCCCGCCACUCAGACCGCAGUGAGAUCCAGCGCUCCCAAAACCGUGCUGACGGUGCGUCCUCCGUCUGUCCCCUGCACCGCCAGCGUUCCCACUCAUCCCAGUCCAAACCCCGGCAGCGUCAUGCCUCAGAGAGUCCUGCUCAGCCCUGAUAUGCAGGCCAGGCUGCCCUCUGGCGAGGUAGUGAGCAUCGCACAGCUUGCCUCGUUGGCAGGGCGGCCGGUGUCAUCGUGUCAGGGCAGUAAACCCGUCACCUUCCAGCUCCAGGGCAACAAGCUGACUCUGUCUGGAGCCCAGAUCCACCAAGUCCCUGCUGCUCCUUCACGCCCAGUUCAAGGUAAUGUGAUGCACCUGGUGUCGAGCGGUGUGCAGCAUCACCUCAUCAGCCAGCCGGCCCAGGUGGCCGUCCAGACCGCCGCCAACACCCACGCUGCUGCAAACACCUCGUCUGCUGCCGCUGCUCCCGCCGGGAAUCGGCUGCCUCACAACGCGUCCUCGCAAGUGCCGUCGUCCAUGGUGAGCAGCCCCGGCGUCGUGAAGAUCGUGGUGCGCCAGUCAACAGGCAAGGAGGGCGGGCCCGUGCCCACUCUGGCCGUGGCCCCUUCCCCUCGUGUUGCCCCUCAGGCUUCCCCUUCCCUGCACCCCCACGCCAACACCACCACCCCUGUCCGAAACACCGCCCCGCUGCAGAUCGCUCAGCGCACCCCCGGCCCCGCUACCGCCACCUACACCAUAGCCCCUCCCAGAAUCCCCAGCACCGCCCCGAACCAGCCCCAACCCCCCUCCCAACCUCGUCCUGUCCUCAAAGUAGUGCAGCCCCCUCCUCCGCCGAGCACGGAGCAGCCAGCUCCAGCUCAGGUGACGACCUCGUCUUCAGCGUCUAAGUCAGCGUCUCGUGACACCAAAAGUCGAAGCCGAGCAUCGCUGCUAAAUCCUUCCCUCCACCCCGGAAAGUGCCUCGUCCGCCUCCUCGCUCUCCUUUCCACAUGUCCUGGCUGGCCGACAGCGAGAAGCAGCAGCGCCUCAGCAAACUGGACUUCAUCCACCGAGUCAACGAGCACCACUGCGCCGCCAAACCCGUCUACGGCAAGGAGGUGUUUAGACUUCCUGACGUUCCUGCCGGGUCCUCGCCCGUCGCCGGCCGCCAUCGACCCGCGGGGCGAGUGGAGGCGGUCGGGUCACAGCAGCUGUCUGUUCUCCCAGUGGCAGAACAAAUACGACUACUGGUUCCAGAGCCGCUGCGUCCGAGAGGCGAUAAACAGCAUCGAGGAGCGGCUGGAGCUGCUCACCGACAUGAUUGACAGGUAUACAUUUGCGAUUCCCCCGGUAGAGGCUCCUCAGAUCUCGAUGCACUGCUGCCACCCUCCUCCGUCUCUGAGCCACAAGCAGGCGGUGUUCUCGUCGAUGCUCGCCACGCAGCUCGCUCCGCUCACUGGGAAUCUCCACCGCAUCCAGUGUUACAUGAGGACCCAGUUCCCGGAUCUGAGGCUCAUCCAGUACGACUGUGGAAAGCUGCAGACGCUCCACACUCUGCUGAGGAAGCUGAAGACGGGCGGACACAGAGUAUUGAUCUUCACUCAGAUGACCCGCAUGUUAGAUGUGUUGGAGCAGUUCCUCAACUACCACGGACACAUCUACCUCCGCCUGGACGGCAGCACGCGCGUGGAGCAAAGACAGGCUCUCAUGGAGCGCUUCAACGCCGACCGUCGGAUCUUCUGCUUCAUCCUGUCGACUCGUAGCGGAGGCGUCGGGGUGAACCUGACGGGAGCCGACACGGUGGUCUUCUACGACAGCGACUGGAACCCGACCAUGGAUGCUCAGGCUCAGGACCGCUGCCACCGAAUCGGUCAGACACGAGACGUCCACAUCUACAGGCUGAUCAGUGAACGCACCGUGGAGGAGAACAUUUUAAAGAAAGCCAACCAGAAGAGGAUGCUGGGAGAUAUGGCGAUCGAGGGAGGAAACUUCACCACGGCCUUCUUCAAACAGCAAACCAUCCGAGAGCUGUUUGAUAUGAACGACGGAGAGAAGAGAGAGAUGGCGGUGGAGCUGGCGGUGCCGCACGCUGAGGAGGAAGAGACGGUUAACAAACAGAGCACCACCAUCCUGGAGCAGGCUCUGUGUCGAGCGGAGGACGAGGAGGACAUCGUAGCCGCCUCUCAGGCCAAAGCGGAGCAAGUGGCGGAGCUGGCGGAGUUUAACGAGAACAUACCGCUGGACGACGGAGGGGAGCAGGAGGAAGUGGAGGAGCUCUCCAAGGCCGAGCAGGAAAUAGCUGCUCUGGUGGAACAGCUCACUCCCAUUGAACGUUACGCCAUGAACUUCCUGGAAGCCUCAUUAGAAGACGUUUGCAAAGAAGAGUUGAAACAAGCUGAGGAGCAGGUGGAGGCUGCCAGGAAAGGUCUGGACCAGGCCAAAGAGGAAGGCCUGAAGCUCCACGCCUCCUCCGACGACGACAACGACGAGUUCUUAUCAUCGCCGGCUUCCGCGGAGCCCGCUCAGCCGACUCCGUCCCGCCGAGGCCGCAAACCCAAGGACAAAGAAAAGAUCGUCACCUCCACGAGGACGAGCGGCCGGCUGCGAGGAGCGUCGCCCGAAACCGAGCCCGAGCCGCCCGCUUCGACAACGCCGAGAGAAGUGCCUGAAAGACUCCGCUUCGGUCUACGAGGACGAGGAGCCGCCAAAGACGCCCCCGCUGUGUCUGCCACCCCGUCCCGUACGGAUCAUCAAAAAACCUCCUCGUCGUCAGCGAAGCUCCAAGACUCCUCCUCCUCCUCCUCCAAAUCCUCAAAAGCGUCAUCGCCUGCCAGAGAUCACCAAACCAUCAAAACCAGGACUCCGCCGAACCGCUCCCAUCCCAGUCCAGUGCCUUCCCCUCCGACAGCUUCUCCCCCCGGAGGGAAACAACCCAGCGGCGGGGAGACGGAGAGCAAGAACUCUAAAACCAGCAGAGAGGAGAAAGAGGGGGAGACGCCGAACGAGAGGAGGGUGUCGGAGUCCUCGCUGGAGUCCGGCGGCCCGGCGGAGCUUCAGGCAAAAGACGACGACAGCAGCAAAGACCAAAGCGCCAUGUCUCCGCCUUCCACCAGCUCCAGGUCGCCUCGCAAGCGUCAGUCGGCGGAUAACGAAGUCCUGCGGGGUUUGGUGGAGGAUUCGCCGUCGGCUAAAGUCCUGCGGAAGCUCCCGGGGCGUCUGGUCACCGUGGUGGAGGACAAAGAGCCGAGGAGGAGGAAGAGGCGAGGGAGCGGCACCGGCGGUUCCUCGGAGGAGACGACGGCGGAGGAGAACGCCGCCGCCGCCGGGUUCAUCAACGAGUCCAACAAAGACAGCGCCUCGCCGAGCCCCGACAACAAACCUAAAAGUACUGUUACCAAAUCUCCUCAGGACCAAGACUCUACCCCGAGCCCCUCCGUGCCCCCGCCGCAGCCCGUCAGAGGUUACCCCCCGUACUCCCCGCCCCACCUCUCGCCCGACAUGCCCGUGCUGAGGAACCUCCCCGUUCGCCGCCGGCUGGAAACAGAAUCCCGCAUGGCCGCUCAGCUGGGAGAGCAGCAGCUGCACCUGGGGAGGGGACGAGGGGCAAACCAGCCCAAAAGAACAGACUCGACGCCGGGCAAAGACCCCUCCUCAACCUCCACGGAGUCCAGCGUGAACUCCUUUGCGACACCCUUGAAAAGAAAGAGGGGCCGGCCCCCUAAGACUCCCCAUAAAUUACCUGAGCCUGAAAGCACAUCAGCUGUUUCCCCGCAACCCACAUCGCCGACGGAGGAGGGGAAACCGCCCCUAUCCCCGAAACGUAAGAGGGGUCGACCCCGCAAAGACUCGACGACGAUGUCAGACGCUGUUUGUGAAGGACUGAACUCUAAAACAGAGACCACCACCACCACCACCACUACUGACGUAUCUAGUUUAUCAAAAACUGACACUAGCACAGAGCCGACAGUCUCAUCUCCCUCUACAGAGACCCACAUAGCUAGUCCGGCCCCCCAGUCUAUCAAAGCUGACACCGAAACGGACACCAACAUGGAGGUUUCGGACCCUCCUCCAGCUCCGGUUCAGGACUCGGCAACAAAAACUCAAGCGGGUCAAACUUCCACCUUAAAUUCAGCUUCGGUCCAAGCACUCUCUGCACCUUCACCCCUUCCUGUGCCUGUGUCCACAUCAGCCCCAGCUACCAGUAUUGUUAGUCCAGCUCCAGAUACUCUAUCAACCCAGGUUUCGUCUGCACCCCCGGUCACUGGAGGAACCCCUAAAACCCCCACAACCCCCUCCCCGUCCCCACCUGUCACCACCACCACCACCACCACCAUCAUCUCUUCUUCUACUCCUCCCAAUAUAAAACCAACACUUGUGGUUUCAACUGCUCCUAAAACUCCCGUCGAGCCAAAACCUUCAGUUUCCCCCGAAUCUGCCAAAAACACCUCAGUUGCCAGACCAGCUGCUACCACCACCAUCACCACCACCCCCAACAUCUACCCCAGCAUCUACCCCAGCUGCUGCAGCAUCUACCCCAGCUACCGUAAAGUCUACCCCAACUACCGUAACUUCCUGCCCAGCUCCUGUAACAUCUACCCUAACUACGGUAACAUCUACCCCAGCUACUGCAGCAUCUACCCCAGCUGCUGCAGCAUCAACCCCAGGUCCCAUAAGAUCUACCCCAAUUACCCCAGCUACCCUAUCCUCCACCCCAGCUGCCUCCUCAACAUCUACCCCCACUACAGCAACAACUACCCCAACUCCAAACAAACCGGUUUCCUCAUCUACAACUACAGCUACAGCUCAAGUGGGAACACAGGCACAAGUAUCGCCUCCCCCAGUCUGUACCCCUUCCCCUUCCCCAGCAGCAGCAGCAGCAGCAGCUCCCAGUUUAACCGCUACAGCACCAGCACCAGCAAAGACCAGUGCAGGACCUACGUCACUCCCAACAGAAGGACUGUAGAAAAGACUGUCACCAUCCCCCCUCCUCCUCCUCCACCUCCUACACCCCUCCCAUCCCUCCCAGUAACAACUACCACAGCUCCUCCAUUAAAACCAGUCACACCAGUAGAGGAGACCACAAAUGUUCCCACAGCCACACAAGCCAGUACAGCUGUCUCCAUGACGACGACGACGACUAAAGCAGUUCCUCUUGUGACUUCCACCACCAAAUCCUCUCCAGUUACUUCCCAACGAGAACAGAAGUCCGAGUCGACAGAUGUUCCUCAAGAGGUUCUCCAGGUUCCCUCAUCUGCUUCUUCUUCUUCUUCUUCUUCUUCUUCUUCUACUGUUUCAUCAGAUAAAGGAUCAAAAGAAGUAACGCAGGAGGUGUCGGAGGCAUCUCAAGACGAGCCGGAAAUGGAAAGCAGCCAGGACUCCGCUCGCUCCUCCUCUCCGUCGUCGGGCUCGUCGGGAACGUCGACGCUCACUCGCCACGCUCACCACAAGAGGACGUACGAGAACCGACACCCGGCCAAGAGGAGGUCGUCGUCUUCCUCGUCCGACUCCGAUAACGGCGGCAGCAGGAAGGAGCACCGGUUGACUCGCUCGGCCAAACGCAGACUACAAGAUCAAGAGAAGGAGAAAGGGGGCAACAGCAGGCAAGGGAAGAAAUCCGCUCACAGCCGCGGCUCGGAUAGAAACGCCUCGUCGAACAACGCCAACGCGUCUACAGGCGGAGAAUCCGGCAGCGACUCCUCCUCCGUCAGGACGACCAGGAAGUCCACCGGAUCUCAACCUUCGCAAGACGGCAAAGCUCAGAUUAACAGCUCGCCCUCGUUGCCUCCUGAGCCCGAAGUUUUGGGGAAAAGGUGCUCGGCCCUCAACGCGGCGGCUAAGCUCCUGGCGAUGAAAGGCCGAGUGGACACGCCCGGUCACACGAUGCGGAGAGACUCUGGAGCCAAAGCCAACAAUAACUCGCUAACGCUAACGAAUAAUAAAACUAGCGGGAGCAAACCGUCGACGCCGAAUCAGUCGAGCCGCUCCGCUUCCCGCUCCACCCGACAAUGCCCCGGGUCGCUCGUGCCCCCUUUGGAACUCGAGCACAAGAGGAACAGAGCGGAGGAGAAAGGAAGCGGGAGGAAGUCGUCGAGAGGAAAGGAAGGAGGAGAUGGAGAGGCGCAGGGGUCGUCGCGAGGUCACAGCGCCUGCAGCAGCAUGAGCAGCGACGGCGAGGGCGACGGAGGCGGCGGCGGACGAAGAGGCGAGCGAAGCAGCCGGAGUCGAAGCAGCAGCAACAGCAGCCAGCGGACUCACAGCAUCAGCUCCCAAAACACGGAGCACAGGGAGUCCCGAUCCCGAGCCACUUCCUCCGGCAGCGAGCGAGACCGCAGCUCGGAGCGCCGGAAGAGCCGAGGCGACAGAAGGGAGAAACAGGAAGAGGGUCAGCGGAGGGACAACAGCGGCAGCCGGCGGCGGUCUCACAGGCUCUCGCAACAGGAAGUGGUGACCAGCAGUUCGGGAGCGGAGGGGACGCCGGAUCGGGUGCUGAGGAGCGUGGCGGCGUUGGCGGCGGCUCAAGCGAGAUCGCCGGCGGCCAGCACCCGCUCCUCGUCGUCGGGGCAACACCGCCACAAUAAGACAUGA